AUGGAUAAAAAUGAUUAAUGCUUUUUAAAAACAACCAAUUGUUAGAACCUUAUAUAAUUAAAUAUUGAUAGAGGAUUAGUUUAUUUACCUAAUUAAUAAAUUGAUCCAAAAGCUGGAAAUAAUGGAUAGGUUUUUAAAGGCUAUAUUGGAUAUAACACUGAUAAAUAAAUAGAAUGUUGUGUCAAAAAGGUUUCCAUGUAAUCUGAUCAUGUAAUUAAAAAAAAAUAUAUUUAAGAGAUUACUAUUUGAAAAAGUUAAUUAAGAAUUAAUACUUGGAAGAUAAUUGUCUCAUAAAAAUAUUGUAAAAUUUUAUGAAAGCUCAACAAGUUAAAAUAAUUUUUACAUAUUUAUGGAAUAUUGUAAUGGAGGAUCUUUAAAAUAAAUGAUGUGUUUAAAAUAAGAUAAUUAAUUGAUGAAGACCAAGAUAUUUCCAGAAAGUAAUUUCAAAAAAUAAAAUUAGAGUAAGCGAUUGAAAUAAUGUCUCAAAUAAUAGAUGCUCUUGUCUAUAUGAAAUAAUUAAGUUUCGAUGGUAAAUCAGGAGUUGUUCAUAGAGAUAUCAAGCCUGAUAAUAUUGUGUUUUAAAAUAAUAUUCCUAAAUUAAUAGAUUUUGGAAUGUCUAGAUUUGUAGAUAGAUCUACUGUUACUCUUCUCAAAGGAUCACCAAUAUAUAUGUCUCCUCAAAAUUUGAAAUCAGAGAAAUAUGAUUUAGAAAAAAAUGAUGUGUGGAGCGUAGGAAUAAUUCUAUAUUAAUUGGUUGAAGGAGAAUUUCCUUGGAGAUCUCGAUUGAAAGAUAUGUAGGAUCUGGUCUAAGCCCAGUAAAAAAUACAAAAAAAUAUUACAUAUUCUAAUAAUACUUCUUAGAUGCUAUAAAAUUUGAUAAAUAAUAUGUUAAAAUAUGAUGAAAAUGAUAGAUAUGAUUGGGACUAAGUAAUAAAUCAUCAAGUAAUGAUACCUGAAUUAAAAACUUCCAUUUCAAAUGAUAUCACUGAAGUCAAUAGACUUAUCAUAAAUUAUGAAUAGUAUCUAAAGUGCCAACCUAUAUUAAGUACUAAUAAUUUAGAAAAAUACGUUUUAGAUUUAACUUUAACAAAAUUAUUCAAUUAUCAAGAAACUAUUACAAAAAAUCCAGAAUUAGAUUAAAAAGUCAAAGAAUUGUACAUUUCAAGGUUGCUAUAGAAAAGAAAAUUUCAUAAUUUUGAAAGAGAAUUAAUUAUGAAAACUAAACUUUCAUAAAAAUUAGUUAAAUCCUUAUAAUAAAUGAUAAUAGAAAAUUUGACUGAUACUUAGAAUUAGAUUUUAAUUAUACUUUGUAAAAUAGUUAUUUCCUUAUACAAGGAGAACAUUAAAUUUGAUUAACAAAUUACAAUUCAAAGAUUAUUAGAACUAGCAAAACUAUGA